CCAACAGUGGCUUUGGAAAGCUAUCGAGACUUUAGAUAAUCACUUCUACACAAGCGGGACACACAGAGGGGCAUUUCUUCUCAGAGGGAUUUUCCAGACGGGCUCUUUUUCAGGAUGGGGAAUGGCAUCAACAAGGUCCUGCCUGACUUAUACUUGGGGAAUUUCAAAGAUGCAAGAGACAGAGAACAGUUAGCCAGAAACAACAUCACACACAUCUUGUCCAUUCACGACAGCGCGGCGCCCAUCCUCCAGGAGAUGACCUAUCUCUGCAUUUCAGCAGCUGACCUGCCCACACAAAACCUGACUCAGCACUUUAAAGAAAGUAUAACGUUCAUGCACGAGUCCCGGCUGAAAGGAGAAGGCUGCCUCGUUCACUGUUUGGCAGGUGUGUCCCGAAGCGUCACCCUGGUGGUGGCCUACAUCAUGACGGUGACAGGACUGGGCUGGCAGGAGGCGCUGGCCGCCGUGAGGGUGGCUCGGCCCUGUGCCGGACCCAACCUGGGCUUCCAGCGGCAGCUCCAGGAAUUCGAGACCACUCAAGCUGAAGAGUUCAGAGAAUGGAUAAGGAUGGAGUAUAAGGAAAACCCUUUCAAUGACGAGGCUGAUAUACGUGACUUGCUUGCCAGGGCGUCCAACGUAAACGGCGAGGAGGUAGAAAAACAUGCAUCUACUCCACCUGGAGGUAUCUGAUCGGUGAGAUCUUUCAGCCUGGAUUACUGUGAGAUGCUUGAAGUAUUCUGGACAUCUAACGUGCUUUGGAGUGGACUACUGUCAGGAUGGACUUAUCCUUAAAAAUACAACGGACAUGAAUGUUUGAAGAGACUUUUAUCAUGUUCAGUAAAUUUUUUUUUAGCAGUAAUUGAUGUUUCAGGUGCUUUUUUUUUUUUACUUAUAAAUGUUUUGAACUGUUUUUUUGUUUUUUCCCACCGUGUCUACAUGAUUUCAUAUCGUUAUAAUAAAAGGAGCAAAGUCUAA